UGAAUCGCCUCCGUUCUUGCCACCUGUCUGGUCAGGCUUGCUCCAGAACACUGCAUAGGUAGACAGUUGCAGACAGGAAGGGAUUCUCCCUGGCCCCAGGUAUCAGUGACAAAUUUACCUAAGGGGCAGGGAAAUCGGCUGGGCCUUGGGUCCUGGGCCAGUACCGGAGGGCUUCAAGAUACCCAGAACCCUGGAGGCGUCCAGGAAAAGCCAUAUAAAAGUGGAGGCGGGAGGGGUGGAGUGUGUUCCAGGCUGCUCGGCUCCUGCCUGGAGUAGCCCUGCGGCUCCCUACAACCCUUAUUGUAUCUGCAACCUUCUCCUGCUAGCAAGACCUAGCAGGCCGGGGUGGACGUGCCCCCGCCUGCCCGCCGCGCUAGCCUGCGCCGCGACGCUGCGGCCCCGGGACGCGGACUGAGCUAGGGAGCUGGGCGGCAGGCUCCAGGAGCUCGUACUGGUUGUCGUGAGGUCCCCGCAACGUCACCCGACCCGCUGUAUCCUGGUGCGGUCCCGCGAGACCCCUGCUCGCCCCAGUCGGCCUCUGGGGACGCAGCUGUCCACGUGCGGGCUGCAGACCGGACGCCGCGGGCUCCAUAGCAGACACCUGCCUGGGCCAGAAUGCUGUCAUCUGGUGACUUCACAUCUGCAUCCUGGGAGCUUGUGGUCCGAGUUGACCACGCAGAUGAAGAACAGACAGACAUCACGCUGAGGGUGUCUGGGGACCUGCAUAUUGGAGGAGUGAUGCUCAGACUUGUGGAGCAGAUGAACAUAGCCCAAGACUGGUCAGACUUUGCUCUGUGGUGGGAGCAGAAGCGCUGCUGGCUUCUGAAAACGCACUGGACCCUGGACAAGUGUGGAGUCCAGGCUGAUGCCAAGCUUCUGUUCACCCCUCAGCAUAAGAUGCUCCGCCUCCGCCUACCCAACGCCAAGACCGUGCGGCUGCGUGUCAGCUUUUCUGCGGUGGUGUUUAAAGCCGUGGCUGAUAUCUGCAAAGUGCUGAAUAUCAGAAGACCAGAAGAGCUCUCAUUGUUAAAGCCUUCUAGUGACUAUUGUAAAAAGAAAAAGAAGAAAGAAAAAAAUAGUAAAGAACCAGUGAUGGAAGACAUCCUGAAUCUAGAAAGUUCUUCAACAAGCUCAGGUUCCCCAGUAAGCCCUGGCUUGUACAGUAAGACCAUGACACCCACAUAUGACCCCAUUAAUGGGACACCAGCUUUAUCCACCAUGACUUGGUUUGGUGACAGCCCUCUGACAGAGCAAAACUGCAGUGUUCUGGCCUUCAGCCAACCUCCUCCAUCACCAGAUGUCCUCGCCGACAUGUUCCAGCCUCGAUCUCUGGUUGACAAAGCCAAGAUGAAUGCAGGCUGGCUGGAUUCCUCAAGAUCCCUUAUGGAACAAAGCAUUCAAGAGGACGAGCAGCUGCUGUUGAGAUUUAAAUACUACACCUUCUUUGACUUGAACCCUAAAUAUGACGCUGUCCGAAUAAACCAACUCUACGAGCAAGCCAGGUGGGCUGUUCUCUUGGAGGAAAUAGACUGCACAGAAGAAGAGAUGCUGAUCUUUGCAGCCCUGCAGUAUCAUAUCAGCAAGCUGUCGCUGUGUGCUGAUAUACAGGACUUUGCAACCAAGUCUGAGGUUGACGAGGUAGAAGCAGCAUUGUCUAGCUUGGAAGUGACCCUCGAAGGCGGAAAGGCGGACAACACUUUGGAGGACAUUACUGACAUCCCUAAACUCGCAGAUUAUCUCAAAUUAUUUAGGCCCAAGAAGCUAAUGUUAAAAGCUUACAAGCAAUACUGGUUUGUCUUUAAAGACACAUCGAUAGCCUACUUUAAAAAUAAGGAACUUGAACAAGGAGAGCCAAUAGAGAAGCUAAACAUUAGAGGCUGUGAAAUUGUGCCAGAUGUGAAUGUAUCGGGGAGAAAAUUUGGAAUCAAGUUACUAAUACCUGUUGCUGAUGGCAUGAAUGAAGUGUAUUUGAGAUGUGACCAUGAGGAUCAAUAUGCCCGGUGGAUGGCUGCCUGCAUCUUGGCAUCAAAGGGUAAAACCAUGGCAGACAGCUCCUAUCAGCCAGAGGUCGUCAGCAUCCUUUCCUUUCUCAAGAUGAAAAACCGGAACUCAUCACCUCUGGUGGCUUCCAGUCUUGAAAACAUGGAUAUGAACCCGGAAUGUUUAGUAUCGCCCCGCUGUGCCAAAAAGCACAAGUCUAAACAGCUGGCGGCCCGGAUCCUCGAAGCUCACCAUAACGUAGCCCAGAUGCCUCUGGUCGAAGCCAAACUGCAGUUCAUCCAGGCAUGGCAGUCUUUACCUGAGUUCGGCCUCACCUACUACCUUGUCAGAUUUAAAGGAAGCAAGAAAGAUGACAUCCUGGGAGUUUCAUACAACAGGUUGAUUAGAAUCGAUGCAGUCACUGGGAUACCAGUUACGACAUGGAGAUUCGCCAAUAUGAAGCAAUGGAACGUCAACUGGGAGAUCCGGCAGGUGGCAAUUGAGUUUGACCAAAAUGUCUUCAUCGCAUUCACCUGCCUAAGUGCAGAUUGCAAGAUUGUACACGAGUACAUUGGUGGCUACAUCUUCUUGUCUACACGAUCCAAGGACCAAAAUGAAACUCUCGAUGAGGACCUCUUUCACAAACUGACUGGCGGUCAGGACUGACAUGAAGCAGGCCCUCUUGGCCUACCUGGACUAGGAGUCCCUUCCAGAAUGGAUAGGGUCUGUGGCUUUCCCUGUGUGUAGCUUCCAGAGCAACACAAUGCAUGCUAACCAUCAGAUGCCCAGGUCCUUGCCUCGUCUGAGCAUGCUGAACACAUCUCUCUCCUUACUUUGCCUCACGCUGCCAGCAGUAUCUAGGCUCCUGCUACUUUUCCUAUGAAAUGGGUGGGGGGAGAGAGGGGUCUGGUACUCUAUGGAUGCUCUAAGGCCCAUCAUGGUUCUCCAGCAGUGUGGCUUUGGUGCUAACCAGCAGCUGACCUGCCUGUAUGCCUCACAGUAAGUCAACAGAGAGAAAGGCGGGUAAAUGGGAUGCAUAGCGAGUACAAAUCUCACGCCACACACUCAGGUCUAACGUAACAAAACUGAGCAUAGCUCUCAUCUUGCCAAAGUGGCAGAGGGAGUCUCGACACCUUUUUUCUUUGGAGGUCAAAGAGAUGAGUGGGAAGGAGCAGGUUACAGUGGUCUUCAGCAUCAUCAGUUUACAGGGACUGUCACAUCUGUUAAGGUGACCACUCACCAUCUGGUCUAAUCAUUGGUCCUCAUAGUAUUGCUGACACGAGAAGCUCCAUUCCCAAGGAAUCACACAGACUCAUGGAAGUCCUUCUUAAAGACACAGGUGAUGAAGGGAUACAUGGGAGCCCAUACUUAGCUAAGAUCCAUGACUCAGUCGGUUCGAGUCUGGACCGGGUCUCAAGAAAACAGGCCCAACUCUCUGUUAAUCAAAAGCACCUUCCUCGGAGCUGAGAAGAUAUCUCAGCAGUUAAGAGGUCUUGUUGCUCUUAUGGAGGACCUCAGCUGAGUGCCAAAUGCCUAGCUUUAAGGGAUCUGAUGCCUUCUGAAUUCCAUGAGUACCUAUACACACACACACACACACACACACACACACACACAAAAUUAAAAGCUACUCAAAAAAAAUCCCUGACAGGAUUCCAAAUCCAGUCAGACCUCCAUUCCAACCAAAUAAAGAAAGGCAGGCAAAACUGUUUCAGAGUCCACCAUGUUGAAGUUCUGCUUUCAAAGCCAUGGGUGGUCUGGGUUUGUAAGAAAUUACCCUUACCAUUGAGCUGCAUUCUGGAUGUGGACUGUGCCUCUAUGAUUCCUGCCAUUUGCCCUAAACAUUUUGAGCUUUGUAAAUCACAAGACAAUAGAAGAUUCUUGGGGGCUGUAUUUGCACUAUCAUCCCUGCCCUGCUACAAGCAUAAGCCUUUGGCAGCUGCCUGAAUGUCAUAUUCUGGUUUUUUGGUAGGAGGGGAUGAUUGGGUUUUGAGUUAAGUGGAUUGCAGCCUCAGAGCUAAAGGGAGGUGUUGUCUCUUGUUGACACACAGCCUUGUCCUUCAACACAAACUCAGACUGCACAGAUAGAGCAAGAGCUUUCCUUGAACUCUGCAUGUUUCAGGGUUUGGGAUGGAGCCCAGAGAGCUUCAAGCCUCAGCUGUUGCUUUGUUUCCCAACAAAGCCACCUGGGAAGGGAGAGUUCUGCAAUUCCAGGAGUCAGGAGAUAGUCCUGGCCUGAGACCAGAAGAACCUUCUGGAGAUUUCUUUUAGCCUCUCCCUAGAGGUGAAUACUCAUGAACCUUUCCAGUUCAGUACUCACUGAAUUUCUGGGGCUCAACUUUGCUUGGAAGUACUUUAAGCAUUUGGAAGAUCUGGUUCCCAUCAUUAAUUUGGGGUAUUUUUAUGCAGACAAGUAUGUUAAGUGUGUACAGUAAACACGAUGCUGUUCUUUGCUGUCCUAGGCUCUGCAGUUUAGGGCCUAGACAGGGUGCAGUAUGCUCCUGGGUACACCACUAGGCUGAGUGUAGUGUACACCCAGUGUGUACACCUUUAAUCCCAGAACUCAGAAGGCACAGGCAGACCUCUGUGAGUCUGAAGCCAUCCAGGGCUCCAUAAUCAGAGCCUUUCUCAGAUGAAAAAGAUUUGCAUACUACAGUCUAGAUAGAUCUUUCAAAUUCUGGUCCCAAUGACCUCCUUGAUUACAGGUUACCUUGGUUACACGUUGCCCAUGAGAAUGCAGCCUCCUCAGGCUGCCCAGACCAGGCCUUCAGAUCAGCCCCUCAGCCUUUCAUGGUUGGCUGACAUUUCCAUGAAAUGCUUAGGGGAGUUGGCUGCAGACAUUUUGCAGUUUUGGGGUAGCAUUUCUCCCGUGGUUACACAGCUCAAAGGAACAAACCGGUAUAAGAAAAAGACGUUAAAUGCCAUGGUUCUAAAGAAAAAUUUGAUCUUUUCUUUAGAGAGAGGGGGUUCACAUUUGGAUACAAAUGGUCAGGUGACUUGUCCUUGGUGAAAUUUUAAUUUGUUUGUCCCACACACACAUCCCAUCUGCUGUAUUAUUCACCAUAGAUGCUGAAAUCUGCACUGUAUUAUUUAUAUGACUUUAAAUUUGAUUUUUUAUAUG